UUCCCUCCCCAACCACGUGACGCCUGCUCGCGGCGAGGCCCGGGCGGCGCGCGAUGGAAGCGGCCGCGGGGGCGGGGCUGCUAGUCUGCGAGCGGCUCCACGCGCGCCACGACCCGCGCUGGCUCCUGCGGCUGCCCCCGGCGCUUUGCCUGGCCUGCGUCAUCGAGACGCUGGGGGACGGCGGCGCCUCGCUGGUGCGCAAGAAGCACGUGCUGUCUUGCUUCCGGGAUGUCCUGGCCUGGCAUGCCGUGCCAAUCCUCCAGCUGCUAGCACAGGACGAAAGGGUGUGUGUUCAUUUCAUAGGAACUCUCUUUGGGAUGUUGCAUACAGCAGAAGACAGCAGUGCACUGGAUCUACCCACUGAAGUUCUGGUGCGACUUGUGGCGGAUCUGAAGUUGGAACAAUAUGUACACUGUGUGUUGGAUGAAAGCCAGAAAGAGUUAUCUAAGGCAGCCACCAUGAGAGGGAGCCUGCCUACGUUUAAUCUCCUGGGCAAACUGGCAGAUGCCAUCCCGGGCUUAGCUGAUAUAUUGGUGAUUGAACACGGUAACUUAAUGGAACACCUGCUGGCAGGCUUGAUGUACCCCAAUGAGGGUAUAAAGGCUACUGUCUGCUAUCUUUACGGCAAGCUGUAUUCUUCCCCCAUCAGUUCAGAAAGGCUGUCAGUGCACUUCACAGAGAGGCUGUGUGACCUCUUCCUGGCUACCCUAGGGAAUGCACAGACAAAGGAACUGCAAGUUAACUGCAUGGGUUUGCUAAAGGAGCUGCUGAAUUCUGACCAUUUUGUGUCAGUUAUUAUGAACAAUUCAAGAAGAGGGGCAGAUUCCGAGAAUGCUGAGUUGCUGGAGAAAGAGAACCCACUGCCGCUCAUGCUGAAAAAGCUGUUGCUGUCCAGAGAUGAGAUGCUACAGGUGGCAAGUGUUCAAUGUAUGACUGCUGUGCUUGUGCAUUCUCCCAUCAAGUAUGCUCCUGCCUUCAUUCAUGCAGACAUCCCAGAAUUCCUGUUUGAGCGUCUCUCCUGCACCAGUGAAAUUCUCCUCUGGUCGGUUUAUUGCUGCCUGUUGCUCCUAACUGAGGAGCGGCUUUUCUUUUCCAAGUGUCACACAGUCUAUGGCAUCGAGUCUGUGGUGAGGAGCCUGAAAGGGAUCCUGCAGCUGAAUAAUGUGGAGCUGCACAAGCAGGGACUCUUGCUGUUCACUGAAAUACUGAAACGGCAGCCAGUGGAAAUCAAGUUAUUCACAAAUCUAGCCAUGUGUAAAGAUGCCAUUGGUGUUCUUGUGGAGGCAGUAAAAUGUCCAGUGCUGGAGGUAGCAGCAGAGGCUGUGAAAGCGGUGGCAGCUAUUAUGAGGAAGGACCACUUGAGCUGUCCCCCAGUGCAGUAUGUAGAGUUGCAGAGACUGAUUGAGACUAUGCUGAAGCGGUGCGCUGACCUCUCACUGCCACCCAUUAACAGGAGGUCUGCAAGUCACCCGGGGCACAGCACUCAGAACAAAGCGGUUUUGCGACAGGGGCAGUUCCUGCUCAGCACUGUGGAAGGCUUCAGAAAUGCUUGUAGGUUCGCUGUGGAAUGUCAAAGCGACCCCUUGGCUCAGGAGAACGCUUUCACUGCUCCUGGCUCGGAGAGCGAGAAUACUCUGGGCAGCUACUCUGAGUUUCUGCUGAGGAUUUGCGACAGCCUUUGCAUCCCCGUAGUCCUGAAGCACUCAGAAAGGACUUCCAGCCCAGCUCUGAUGGAGGUUUUCAUAUCCGCCCUCAGCACUCUGUUCGCUGUUGUGCCGAGCAUGCAUGAGAAAUUCUCUAGGAAGCUGGCAUCCUCUUCUUUCAUUCGACUGGCACUGGAGCUGAAGGCCAAAUUCUGCACUGGACAAAGUAACCCUGCUUUGAAUCAAGCCUGUUCCAGCUUCCUCUACAGCAUGUGCCUCAGCCUUCAUUCAGCUGCAGAGAAGAUGGAGGACUCUUCCCAGGAGGAGCGAGAGAUGUCGGAGCUCCUGCAGAGGAGUCUGCCCCAGUUAAACUGCAAUGUGCCUGAAAGCCUCACCCUCCUGUCAGAAACCCCAGAUCCCUUCUGUUUAGAUGAAGCUCUUCGUAGCCACCAAUAUUGCCUCCUGCUCCUCUUGUACUGUGCCUAUGCCCUGGAAGACAGGUUUGUUCCAGAGGCAGAAUUAUUUUCAGCCAUAAGAAAUUUCCUUCUGUCAGUGCAGGACCAGGGAGACUGUCCCCCACCUUAUGUCUUCAGAGCCGUUCUUUACCUUCUGGCAGUCUGUCAAGACAAAGGCGAAGCCUUAGACUUGAGUCCACUGUGUGCCAUAAGGAGGGUCCUGGAGAAUACAUCAGAUCUGAGCUUGGUCUACAUUCAUCAUCCUCUUCUGCUUAAAUUUUUCCUGCAUUACUCUGAGCUUAUGGGCAAAUUCGGUCACCGGAUCCUCCAGCUCUGGUUUUCCUGGGAAGACUACAGUCAGAUUGAGUCUGAAGAUGCUGUCUCUGGGCUCUCCUCUAGCUUGCCUGAUUAUCCAAACAGCUUUACCACUUUGCUUCACAUCCUGAAGGAGAAUUCCAGUGUUUUACUCAUUUUGCUGGACCUGGUCUGCCUGAGCACCACAGAAGUGGCUCACAAGGUUUUGAUGACCUUGAGUAUGUUUCUGAAAAGAAACGAGGAUGUUGUUGUUUGUGACCUCCUUCGGAGUCAGUUUCUACAGAUCCUGCAGCAGCUUCUAGUGGAGAGCAGCUCCACCACUUUACGAGCUAGCAAGAACCUGCCUCUGUUGCUGAGCCUUCUCUUCCUGGUGCAGCUGAGGAAUGAGGCUGAGAGAGAGCUGGACAGCACAGACUUCAAGCUGCUUCACCAUGUCAGUGACCUUUGUGGAAAAUGCAGACCAGGAGAUGUUGAGCUGCUGCAGCCUUCCUUGAACUUCCUAUAUUGGAGCCUUCACCAGACAACAACAUGUAGUCAACAGAGAGUGGUGGCUGUGCUGCUCUCUAGUGUGCCUUUGCUGGAGUUGCUCCAGAAGGUUUUGGAACUCACCUGGAUGUGGCCCUGUCGCUCUGGACCCGCUUUAUCUUCAUCAGAAGAGGCGCUUCUCUGCUCUGCUUGGUUGCUGACUGCUUCCCUCUUAGCUCAUCAGCACCGUUACAACUCUGAGGUUCACCAGACGAUCUCUCUGGAUGUAGAACAGGUCCUGAAUGCAGUCAUCCUCAGAAGGAAGAAGCCUGCGCUGCUCUUAGUCAGUAUCCUUCAGUUCUUGCGAGCCAUCCUCAGACAGAACUUCUCUUCCGCCCUGCUGGUGCUCAUAGUCCAGCCCACAGCUCAAAGCAGGAUAGAGCCAUCAUCGUCAGAGGACGAUGCCUCCCUGUAUCCACUGACCACUUGGCAGGUGCUCUCGCUUGUCGUCAGUCUGCAGAACCUUCUGGUCCAGAAAGACCUAUUGCUGUCUCAGAGUGUUGUUGCCUGCCUGGAGGUCUUGAUGGAGUACCUGCAUAGGAAGAACCAGGGCAUCGCGCUCCAUGUCGUCUCACAGCCCUGGAAUCGAUUCCUGCUCUUCACACUACUGGAUGGUGGCGAGAACUCCUUCCUUCGUCCAGAAAUUCUCAGGCUGAUGACUUUGUUUGUGAGAUAUCGGAGCAGCGGUAUUAUUUCUCAAAGUGAAAUUAGCCAGAUACUCCAAGAGGCAGUAAAAGCCAAGUUAGCAGAGCUUCCUGUUGCCACAUCCCAGGCUCUACGCCUCUUGCUACUUCAGCUUCAGAGUGGGAGUUGUGAGAUGGAGCCAGCCCAAGAAGGGACCAUUCAGACCUUGCUGGAGAGCCUCCCAGCCAGGACCAGGACACAUCUAAGCCCACAGGACAUGGUGUAUCCUUUUGCAAGACACAUAUCCUUGGUAAAUGACAUUGCUAAGCAAGGCGCAGCAGUUGGGCGAGGGGUGAUAUUUAAUCUGUUGCUCCAUGCCAUCAUCCAGCUAAGAUUGAAUGAGAGUAAGAAUGUAUUCAGUACAUCUCCACUUGUUGCAGAUGCCAAGACCCUCAUGCUAAGAACUGGCCAGGGGCAUCGUGUGGUGAAAAAAAUCCUAAUUGUGCAGAAAAGGGAUUAAUGAUACCUAGCCCCUCGCUGCCUGUGCUGGGAACAGUGUCUUGAUGGGACGAUUCUUGUCUACCUGACAGAGACAGCUUGAGGAAUGAGCACAGGACUGGGAGCCAGGGAUAUCUGAUCAUGGCCCCGUCACUGACUCCUCCCUAGGACGAGUGAUUCAUUUAACUUCUCUGUCUGCCUCAGUUUUUCCAUCUGUUAACCUGUGCUGCUACUCAUUUUUCCUUCCUCACAGGGGUGACAUGAAGCUAACUGGACACUUGUAAAGCACUUUGAAAACAACCACCGUUAUGCAAGGACUAGGUAUUAUUGUUAGCCCUUGUUAAAAGGGCAGGCAUGUCUUGUGGCAUUGUCAAGCAUCUCCACCACUCAGCCUGAGCUAGAAGCAGAGUUGAUGGGCACUGCUAGCAAUUGCAACUAGCUCAUCUCAACCAGAAGGGUUAGUUAGCCCAAAAUUGCCCUUGUUGGGGGUUGGGAAAUAAAUGAGGGAGCCUAGAAUAUAUGCUUAAUUAAGUGGCUACUUCUCUCUCAAAUUAGCUGCUUUAGCCUGCCUGGCUAAAGACACUGCAUUGUCUCCGCCAGCUAAUGCCCCAGAUACUGUCUCUGUUCUUGUGCCUGUGCAGGGGACUCUGUCCAAAGUGCUGCUGAAGCUAAUGCUGUUGCGAGCCACCUGUAGUGCAGUGUCUGUGAAGCAUCUCUGUUGCAUUUGACAAUCACAUGGGAGUCGCCCCUUAAGGAUCCAUUUUCUAAGUAAAACCCUGUCUGGUUAGUGAUCAGCCCCCACUGGGAGGCUGGCACCACCUUCAGGAUUCCUGCUAGAGUGGUUCCACCAUUAUCCCAUGUUGGGUGCUGAGGUUUGCUCCAGAAUAAAAGUUCUCAACCUGCACACAUUGAUCCCAUUCCACAUGAGAGUCCCUGCAAUUGUCUUUUUUGCAGGUAGAGGGGGUAGCGCCCUGAGCCAUCUCCCUUAUUCCUUGCCUCCGGGCUGUUGCAACUGGUCUUCCGAUGCUAGGGGGCCCAAAGAUCCUUGCACUGUUUUUUACAAAGUAUUCGGGAUGCAUCUGAAUAGGAAUGCGAGGGUCACUGUAUGGAAGGGCAAGAAUCCUCUAGUUGAAAGCCAGGUUUUUAAGUUUAACAUUGUCUGGAAAGCUGUUCCCCUCCCCACAGCCAGAACCCAGGUUUAGGGAAAGGACAGGUGUAGUAGCUUUUUGGCAACAUUUGUUGAGCACUGCCCAAACAGGAAAUUACAACAGCGAGCUGGGUUUUCCUGACUUGUCCUUCCCUUUGGUUUUCCAUUCAUGCCAUCAACAUCAGAUGCCUGGGAGGAGUGGCAGUGUCUCUCUUGCACAUUGCAGACUGAAACAAGAGGAGGGAGCACGUGGAGCAGAGAAAUAAGAAAUGGACGGAUAAAGACCAUUCCUGCCCUUUUUCCCAGACAGUGGCUUAGAUAGGAACAAUAACAGAAAUGGUUGGUAGCUGGUUUUCAAAAGUUAUGUGUUUACUGUUGUUGAAAAGCAAUCACAAAAUAAAAUCUUGCAUUCCCUC